AUGAGUGUAAUGCAGUCUGGGACACAGAUGAUCAAACUGAAGCGUGGGACCAAAGGACUUGUUCGCCUCUUUUACCUGGAUGAGCACCGCACUCGUCUCCGAUGGCGACCCUCUAGGAAGAGUGAGAAGGCAAAAAUAAUUAUUGACUCCAUUUACAAAGUCACCGAGGGUCGGCAGUCUGAAAUAUUCCACAGACAAGCUGAGGGAAACUUUGACCCCAGCUGCUGCUUCACCAUCUACCAUGGUAACCACAUGGAGUCCCUGGACCUUAUCACCUCCAAUCCUGAGGAGGCCCGCACCUGGAUUACAGGCCUCAAGUACCUGAUGGCUGGCAUCAGUGAUGAAGACUCUCUUGCCAAAAGGCAGAGGACCCAUGACCAAUGGGUGAAGCAGACCUUUGAGGAAGCUGAUAAGAAUGGUGAUGGCUUACUGAAUAUUGAAGAGAUACACCAAUUGAUGCAUAAACUAAAUGUCAACCUGCCCAGAAGAAAAGUCAGACAAAUGUUUCAGGAAGCAGAUACAGAUGAGAAUCAAGGAACUUUGACAUUUGAAGAAUUUUGUGUUUUUUACAAAAUGAUGUCAUUGAGACGGGAUCUUUAUUUGUUGCUCUUGAGCUACAGUGACAAGAAAGAUCAUCUAACUGUGGAAGAACUGGCUCAGUUCUUGAAAGUGGAACAAAAGAUGAAUAAUGUGACAGCAGACUAUUGUCUUGACAUCAUAAGGAAGUUUGAAGUUUCGGAAGAAAAUAAGGUGAAAAAUGUUCUUGGCAUAGAAGGCUUCACGAACUUCAUGCGUAGUCCUGCUUGUGACAUAUUUAACCCACUACACCAGGAAGUAUAUCAAGACAUGGAUCAGCCCCUCUGCAACUACUACAUUGCUUCCUCUCACAAUACAUACCUGACUGGGGACCAGCUCCUCUCUCAGUCCAAAGUAGAUAUGUAUGCUCGGGUGCUACAAGAGGGCUGUCGCUGUGUGGAAGUUGACUGUUGGGACGGCCCAGAUGGAGAGCCAGUGGUACAUCAUGGUUAUACCCUCACUUCAAAAAUUCUCUUCAGAGAUGUGGUGGAGACCAUCAACAAGCACGCCUUUGUGAAGAAUGAGUUUCCAGUUAUAUUGUCCAUUGAGAAUCACUGCAGUAUUCAGCAGCAAAAGAAGAUUGCUCAGUACCUGAAGGGAAUAUUCCGAGACAAACUGGAUCUAUCUUCUGUAGACACAGAAGAUUGCAAGCAACUUCCAAGCCCUCAAAGUUUGAAAGGCAAAAUCCUAGUAAAGGGGAAGAAGUUGCCUUACCACCUUGGGGAUGAUGCAGAGGAAGGGGAAGUUUCUGACGAGGACAGUGCAGAUGAAAUUGAAGACGAGUGCAAGUUCAGGCUCCAUUAUAAUAACGGAACCACUGAGCAUCAGGUAGAAUCUUUCAUAAGGAAAAAACUGGAGUCACUGUUAAGAGAAUCUCAAAUUCGAGACAAAGAAGAUCCUGAUAGUUUCACAGUGAGGGCACUAUUGAAGGCUACUCAUGAAGGCUUAAAUGUACAUCUGAAGCAGAAUCCAGAUGUAAAGGAAAGUGGAAAGAAGUCACAUGGACGAUCCCUUAUGACAAACUUUGGAAAACAUAAGAAAGCUACAAAAUCACGGUCUAAAUCCUACAGUAUGGAUGAUGAAGAGGAUGCCCAGCAGCACCCAGGCAAGGAGAGUGGCCAACUAUACAGAGAAUCAGAUCACUUGAUAAAUGCUAGAGGCAGUGGAACAUAUGAAGACCAACUGGACAUGAGAGAUAAUAUCAUAAGCACCACAGGAAAUGUGUUAUCAUUCAGUGAAACAAGAGCACAUCAGGUGGUGCAACAGAAAUCAGAGCAGUUCAUGAUUUAUAACCAAAAGCAGCUUACGAGGAUUUAUCCCUCUGCCUACCGAAUUGAUUCCAGUAACUUCAACCCUCUGCCUUAUUGGAAUGUAGGUUGUCAGCUAGUGGCACUGAACUAUCAGUCUGAAGGGCGAAUGAUGCAGUUAAAUCGAGCCAAAUUCAAGACAAAUGGUAAUUGUGGCUACGUCCUCAAACCCCAGCAAAUGUGCAAAGGUACUUUCAAUCCUUUCUCCGGUGACCCACUUCCUGCAAACCCCAAAAAGCAACUCAUCCUGAAAGUAAUCAGUGGCCAGCAACUCCCCAAGCCUCCAGAUUCCAUGUUUGGAGACCGAGGCGAGAUCAUUGACCCUUUUGUUGAAGUUGAAAUUAUCGGAUUGCCUGUAGAUUGUUGUAAAGAUCAAACCCGUGUAGUGGAUGACAAUGGCUUUAACCCUGUGUGGGAAGAAACUCUGACAUUUACAGUACACAUGCCAGAAAUAGCUUUGGUUCGCUUCCUUGUGUGGGAUCAUGAUCCCAUUGGACGAGACUUUGUUGGACAAAGAACUGUGACCUUCAGCAGCUUAGUGCCUGGCUACCGACAUGUCUAUUUGGAAGGACUGACAGAAGCAUCUAUAUUUGUCCACAUAACAAUCAAUGAAAUCUAUGGGAAGUGGAGCCCUCUAAUACUCAACCCCAGUUAUACUAUAUUGCACUUUCUAGGAGCUACAAAGAACAGACAACUCCAAGGUCUGAAGGGACUGUUCAAUAAGAAUCCCAGGCACAGUUCAGAAAACAAUUCCCAUUAUGUCCGGAAACGAUCAAUUGGAGAUAGAAUUCUGCGACGCACAGCCAGUGCCCCAGCCAAAGGCAGAAAAAAGAGCAAGAUGGGCUUCCAAGAAAUGGUAGAGAUAAAGGAUUCUGUGUCUGAGGCCGUAAGAGAUCAAGACGGAGUCUUGAGGAGAACCACACGGAGUCUGCAAGUACGCCCUGUCUCUAUGCCUGUUGACAGAAAUCUUCUGGGAGCAUUGUCACUGCCUCUAUCUGAAACAGCAAAAGACAUUGAAGGAAAAGAAAAUUCUCUGGCAGAAGAUAAGGAUGGGGGAAGAAAAGGGAAGGCAAGUAUAAAAGACCAACAUUUUCAGAACUUCAACAAAAAGUUGUCCUCCUCCUCCAGUGCUCUCCUCCACAAAGACAACAGCCAAGGCAGCUCCACCAUUUCUACUACCAACGUUUCUACUACGAAUGUGUCAAUUACAGGAGAACAAUUGGGAGUGUCAGGUCCUAAGGGUGAGAGAACCAAAUCAAAUGUGACAAAUGAUUGCCAGGAAAACCAUUGUGCCAACAAGUCCCUCUCCCCAAAGAAGCAUUUGGAUCUUGAUCCUACAGUUAACCUAACACAAGAUCUACGUGGUAUGAAAACCAAGGAAAAUGGGAAUGCUGAGGGCUUUGUGGAAGGGAAAAGCAUAUUGUCAGGAAGCAUCCUUUCUCAAAGCACCCUAGAGAUGAAGAAUCUGGAAGAUAAUAAGGGAAAGAGCAGAACUGCAACAUCUUUUUCUUUGUCAGACAUCUCCACGCUUCAUGCUGACGUAUCUGACUUACAUUCAACGGCAAUUCUACAGGAGAGUGGGAUCUCCCAACUUAUUGAAAAUGUCACUUUAACAAAUGAGAAUGAGCCAGGCAGUUCCAUCUCAGCACUGAUUGGCCAGUUUGAUGAGAUCAGUGAUCAAGCUACCCUCACAGUUGCUUCUCAUCUUCAUAGUACCAGUGUGAUGUCAAGCCAUCCUCCUUUGCCAACCAUUGGUCUAAAACUGCCCAUCAAUCAUGGCUUUUCCAAAGGAAAGCCCAAGUCAUCCUUCCCAUGCCCAUCUCCUGAGCCUAUUGCAUUCUCGAGUCCCGAGACCACAAAACAUGUAACAUACACAGUCCUUCACGAAACCACCUGCACUCCCGUCUCUAAAACCAAACUAGAUGAUGAGUUUUCUGGUAACACUAAGACAAGGCCUACAGAAGGCAAUCUGCCUGGGCCCUCUCAUACUUCUUGCUGGUUACUGACAAGUCCCAAUAAGGGAAAAGACUGGAAAGUACUAAAGAACUGCAGCCCUACCAUGUCCACUGAUUUGAUACUGGAGGACAUCAUAGCUGAUCCCACUCUCUGUCUGGACUCUGCAGAGAGUAGUCUGGUGGAAAUCGAUGGAGAGUCAGAAAAUCUCUCGAUAAUGACCUAUGACUGUAGGAGAGGGGCCACAAGCCAACUUGCUUCUCCUUUAAAGCUGAAGCAUAGCCAGGAGGUGGUGGAACAUUUUCAAAGUGGUUUGAGAAAUGGCUACUGUAAAGACACUCUCCCCUCUUCUGUCCCUCAAGUAUUCAACAAUAUUCAAGAUGUGAAAUAUCAAAGUUCUUCUUGUCUAGCCUAUCAGGGUGCUGGAUUUGUGCAUAACUUCUUCUCAGAUCCAGAUGCAAAAAUGAGCCUGACCUGUGUGCCCUUGCAGUCUAAUGCUCAAGACAUGCAUGCUCCUGCACCCAAGCCCUCCACACAUCUUCCUCUGCCUGCUCUGAAACUGCCCAGUCCUUGCAAAUCUAAAAGUCUGGGGGACUUAACAUCAGAGGACAUUGCCUGCAAUUUUGAAAGCAAGUACCAAUGUAUUAGUAAGAGUUUUGUUACAACUGGCACAAGAGACAGGAAGGGAAUGCCUGUGAAAACAAAGCCAGUGGAGCCUACAGAUGCUUUGACCGAGCAGCUGAGGAAGCUUGUGUCCUUUGACCAGGAAGAAAGCUGCCAAGUGCUAUAUUCAAAGCAAGAGGUGAAUCAACUCCCCAGGGCACUGGUCAGAAAGUUGUCAUCCAGAAGUCAGAGCAGGGUGCGUAAUAUUGCCAGUCGUGCCAAGGAAAAACAGGAAGCCAACAAGCAAAAGGUUGUGAACCCCAGCGAUUUUGGAGGAGUGGUUCUUAGAAACAAACCCUCAGCGCCCCCAUCCACUGUGAAUCGACACUCCACGGGUUCAUACAUCGCAGGCUUCCUGAGUAACCGGAAAGGCAGUGGGCUAGAAGGCCGCGGCAUCCCGGAGGGGGCUUGCACAGCCCUGAGCUACGGCUACGUAGACCAGUUUUGUUCAGAUAAUUCUGUUUUGCAGACUGAGCCAAGCAGUGAUGACAAACCAGAAAUUUAUUUUCUCUUGAGACUAUAAAUAAUAUAAAGCUGCAUCUUCAAUGUUUACGAGGUAGUCUAUAGAAUAGAUUUCCCUUUUCAGUAAAUGUGGUCCUUGACGUUG